CGUGCAUUGCGUCUCUCCUUCUUACCCUCCUCCUGCAUCUCUCCUUCUUGCGCAUUCUCCUCCUCCUGCUCCUCCCUCUGCCACGUCUACAGGACAGGAGAUGAUGACUGGGACAGCGACGGUGAAAAAUCCGCAAGUGACCUAGUGACGUCACCACGUUCCGACCAAUCCCCUUCGAGAGGCGAGGGCGUGACGUCAUCCCCUCUUUCCAACCAAUCAGAGAGCGCGGCCGGGGCUGAAGUGCCCGGAGACGACGGGACUUCGUCAGGUGCGGCGAGUCCACUCGGCAGCGACCUGAAGGAGACGGUCGACGCCACCGUGCGAAACUUGACCGACAGGUUGAGUGUCACUGUGUCGGAGAAGAAGGAGCGACCUGCCUCUCCUGCAGGGCCUGCGUCGCCCUCUUCCUCUCUAGGCGCGCACGCUGCUAACAGUCACGGGGUGAAGUGCGAGCGCAGUUCCUCUUCCUCCAGCCCGCAGCCCGCUGCCGGAAGUGGCGACGCCGCCAUGAAGGAGGAGGUUAGCACCCCCUCCCCCACCCCCCACAUCCCCACCACCCCCCGGGGUCCUCCCUCCCCCACCUACUCCAGCGAAGUGGAGGCGGCUCGCCAGCAGCUCACCUCCAUGAUCCAAGGUCUUCCUCUCCUUUCCAUGCUGCCGGCGCUGCAUCGCCUGGCUCCCGCCGUCGUCAGCCUAGCCUCGGGCAUGACGAGCCUCACGACCAGCACGAACAGCACGAGCAGCACCAGCAACGGCAGCGGCGGUGGCGGUGCAGGAGGCGGCGGCGUCUUCUGCGUGUGCGGCAUCAGGUUCAGCAGCGCCACCAAUCUGGAAGCGCAUCGUAUGUUCUACUGCACGCACAGGCCCACGCAGACCGAUGGCGAAGGAGGCAACAAGGAGUCCCGGACGUCCCCGACGUCGGUGAGCCCCCGCGGCGAGAGCGCGGCCCUCGCCGAGGACGACGACGCCAGCCGCGUCCUGCGCUGCCCGCACUGCCCUUACACCACCACGCACAAGCUCAGCCUCAACGGCCACAUGAACAUCCACACGAGUCCCGAGGACCUGGCCAAAGCAGCCAGCGCCCCGCAGGCCGCGGCGGCGGCAGCGGCGGCGGCUCCCACGCAGCCCAGCCCGGCCGAUGCGCGAGCCACAGACCGCUACUGCUCCGACUGCGACAUCCAGUUCUCUUCUGUCAAGACAUUCCGCGUUCACAAAGCCCACUACUGCCAGACGAGACAUGUGCUGAAGGGCGGCAACAAGAGCCCGGCGCGCGAGGAGGCCGCCGCCAACGCCGCGGGAUCCACGGCCCUGUCCGGCCUCGUCAGCGCCGCGGCGGGCAGCGGCCAGCCCAUCCUGGCGCUGCCCACCAACCCCAUCCUGCUCGUGCCGUACUCCCUCGUGGCCGGGGCGCAGCUGCUGCCCCCGCAUGUGCUGCCGCAGGCGGGCGCAGCCGUUGUCCUCCCCAACGGGCAGGUGCAGCCGCUGUCGCCCGGGCCCCUGCCUGGCCCGGUGCCGCCCCCGCUGCUCUCCCCCUCCGCGGCCUCCGCCAACAGGGGCACGUCGCCGGCGGCCCACAGCCUCCCGCCGCAGGCGUCCCCGCAGUCCAACUCGGUGUCGCCCCCGAAGCACUCGCCCAAGAGCGAGGCGCGCCCCAAGUCCGGCUCCGGCGAGACGAGCGGCAAGCGCCGGGGCGAGGGCGAGAGCCCCCUCGACCUGACCACCAAGCGGCCGAAGCUGACCGUGAAGACCGACCUCCUGGGCGACGAAGAGAAGGAGAAUCGCGAGGUGAACACGCCCACGCCCGCGAAGUCGCCCGUGCCAAAGUCCCGCCCGGGGUCGUCCCACGCCGCGGGCGAGUUCGAGGGCAAGCUGCUGGCCUCGCCGUCGCGGCCAUCGCCCUCCAGCGAGGGCGAGACCCACUCCGCGUCCCGGUCGCCGCGGCCAGCGUGCACAACGCCGGCCCAGGGGUCCCCCCGCGGCCUAGUCGACUCCCCUCGACCCUCGACCUCGGCCAGGUCGCCAGCCCAGCAAACGCCGGCGCUGCCGCAGCUCCCGCCGGGCUUCCCGAACCUCCUGGCGAGCCUGGAAAGCCUGAGCGGCCUGUCGCUCCCGGCCCUGCAAGGCCUGCAGGGCGUACCUCCAGAACUAGCUCUUAAACUACUCAAUCCUGAUUUGCUCAUGAACGGCUUAGCGCCCAUAGUGAAUCCGCCAGUUAUCGUUAAGCAGGGCGAGGCUAAAUGCAAUGAGUGUAAUAUCGUUUUCUAUAAAGAGGAAAGUCUGCAGGUCCACAAGAAGCAUUACUGCGCCGCGCGCACCAUAUCCAAAAGCGAAGACGACCGCCGCUCCAACGGCAGUCGGAGUCCGGCGUCCGCAGGCGAGGGCGGGGCCGGGCCCUCCCGCAGGUCCCCUUCCGCACUCUCUGAAGCUCCCGCACCUGCCGCCUCCACGCCCGCUGCCGCGCCAAAGGAAGCCCCGAAGUCCAGCAAGCCCCUCUUCCAGUUCAUCUGCACGGCCUGCGGCAUCAAGUUCAACUCGCCGGACAACCUGGCAGCCCACCAGACUUACUACUGCAGCAAGCGAGAGGGCGCAGCCGGCGAAGAGGGCGUGACCAAGGGGCUGUGGAGGUGCCCCCGGUGCAGAUGCGCCAUGCCAGAGACUCUGCAGGCAGCGCAUCAGUGCGUGACGCCUUCGCCGGCCCCUUCUCACGGCUGGAAGUGCCCCUGUUGCCCGGUGAUUUCGCCAACAGCCGCUGCCGCCCAGAAGCACCUGGAGACUCACGCCGGCAUCAAGGCCUUCCGCUGCACCAUCUGCGGCUACCGAGGGAACACCCUCCGCGGGAUGCGCACGCACAUCAGAAUGCACUUCGAGAAGCGAACCAAUGACCUUCAGGAGGAGAACUUCAUUGCGUGCAUCUUGGAGGACGACGACGGCAGUCGGAGAGGCGCCGAGAGCCGAGGCGUAGCCGAUUUGCCGCGUGUCAUUCUCGAGAACCCAACGCUGUCGGCCCUACUGACGGAGGGCGCCGCCGCCGACCACUCGGACCAGCCGCUCUCGUGCCACUUCUGCCCCUUCGUCACGCCGUACCGCAGCAACCUGGCGAGACACUUGGCCCUGGCGCACAAAGUGGGAUUCGACGCCAAGCUCACGCAGGACCUGCAGGCCAUCCUGGAGGGGCGCGUCCGGGCUGCGAGCGACGCCCCGCCCGCAGAGGCCGAGCGCCAGGACCCCGUGGAGAACGGCAACCCCGCGAGUCCGCCUCCGCUGCCCGCGAUCAAGCUGGAGCCGGAAGUCAAGCUGGAAGUGGAGGAGGGGGAGGAGAAGGUCCGCUCGGGGCCCACCACGCCCCACUCGCCCGCGGAGGACACGCCCAGCGCCGAGGCUCUGGCCGGCGGGGCUGCCGGCGGGGAGACCAACGGGAACGGGGCUGACAUCCCGCGGCACUGCAAGGCCUGCAACAUUACCUUCUCCUACUUAGAAUCUUUCUUAGCCCACAAGCGAUUUUAUUGUUCAAAACCCGAGUCUAACACUCCCCCAGAAACUGCAGUUCAGUGACCAAUGCAAUAUGUGCUGGGACACAAGCCGAAGCGCUUAGCAAGCGCAGUGGAUGCACCAUAUUGUUUCCUCAUGAAUUAACUUAUUGUGAAACUGGCCAAGCUUUAGUUGUACAUAGUGUUGGCCUGGCGGUGACUUAACGCCAUAUCACGUGUAAAUACUGAUGACCGCCGGGCCACUCCACUAACCUGUGCUAGUUGGUAGUCUUUGAACAUCAAUUAUACCACAAAGUAUAGAGAUUUGGAAUAACUAUUUAUAUAUAUAUAUAUAUAUAUAUGUUUUAUAGUCACUGGCUGUUUGAUGAGCAACUAGACUCUAAUAAUGUCUUCUUCCUGCAUAAAUAUUUGAAAAAAAAACUGUGCAGAAAAAUGUAUACAAGGAGGAACCCUGCCUAUUUCGAAGACUGUAGUCCGUUAUUGCUCGACUGCAAACGUAUGUUUUGAAAUGCAUGGAUUUAGAAUGUCUUUUUCCAAAGUUUUAAGCGGAUGGUGGUUAAGGAUUGUAAAGUAAACGUAUCUACAGUUUAUAAUGAAACUGGAACAAAUGGCAGUAAAGUGAAUUUACAAAAAAAAGAUGAUGGUUGGACAUUUAUGUAUACGUGUGUACGAUUUAAACAAGAAACGGAAGACGGUAGCAAGGUUAAAAGUGAAGUAAAUGUCUAGUCGUGUUCCUAAUACCAUUCAUGGAAUCUUGAACCCAUGUCCCAAUCUACCAUUAGUCUUUAAACAAAAACAAAAAAAUGGAUCAAGUGUAUUUAUAGACUAACACCUCAGUUUUGCAUUUCUAACAGUACUGCAUAACAUGUGGACGUUUAAAAAAAUCAGUUCAAUUUAGGCCAUGCUACAAAUACCCAUCUCUCUUUCACUCUUUCUCUCCCUCUCAAUCUUUAUUUAUCUCCCCCUCUUUCCUUCUCUCCCUCUGCGAUAUUCCAUCUACUUGCUAUGUUCCUGUAUUUAAUCCCUCCUCUUCAUUACCUUUUCACUACUGCUUAGUUGUUAACGUUGUAUUUCUAACUAAAGAUCACCGUGCUGGACCAAACCCUCUGAGUGGUCACACUGCUCUUGUCGAGGUAUGAUAGUUUCAUGUAUACACUACCCACAUUGUCUUGUGUAGGUUUCCUGUGUGUAUGUAUGUGUGUUUGUAUUCUCAUUGGAUACUGUUACAUGUUAGAUUAAUUUAAUGGCAGGAAGAUGGAUAUAUUAAUUAGAUAGGAUCAUGAUGAAUCUUUUAAUGAAAUACUCUUCAACUCAUUACUUCAAAACAUCUGUAACAAGUCUAGAAGUUUGCCUCUGUUUAAAGAAGAAAAACUUACAAAAAAAUAUCUGCCCUAACUACGUCUCGUAAUCUUGGUACAUGGCUAAGAAUACUAUUUGAUGUAAUGCAUAUUAGCUGAUAUUCAGGUGAUCUGCAUUGGUCUUGUGUGCCAAAUAUUUUUUUUUCUAUUUCCAUUUGUCAUCACCUGGUGAAACUGGUGUGUGUGUGUGUGUGUGUGUGUGUGUGUGUGUGUGUGUGUGUGUGUGUGUGUGUGUGUGUGUGUGUGUGUGUGUGUGUGUGUGUGUGUGUUCGUGUUCGUGUUCGUGUGUACACGUGUUUCCAUGUGUACAUGUGUACUUCAGUACGUGUGUAUGUCCCUGUGUGUGUGUGUGUGUGCGCUUCCAUUGCCGGGUCAGGCCAAUCUCCUAUCCUAUUACACAUUUCUCAGGCUGUAUGGUAUGAUAGUUCUCAUGUGAUGUAUUUUCAACAAUUACCUGUGUAUAUUCCAGUUCCACUUGUGAACAUAUGAUCAACAGUCUUAUGUCUCCUGCCCAAGUUGCGAUUGGCAGUGUAAAGAUAAUAAUUAAUAAUGUUAAUAAUUAUACCAGGAUUUAGAUGAAAAUAAAUUCCUAAUCUUAAUCUACAGUGUACUUUGUUUUAUACAUCUCAUCUGGUGGGUCGGCUGGAUGGAAGUGUACCUGCUCAUGUGUACUGUGCCCUUCAAGUGUACCAUGCUCCCAUGUACCACAUUCUCCCAUCUCUGUGUACCAUAGUCCUCUGGAGUAAAGAUGAUGUCCGUUU